AUGCUUUUCCACGUGUCCCUGUCGAGGGCGCUGUGCUGCCUGCUGUUAAUGCCAGGGAAUCCAUUCAACAUUGAUGCAGCUCAAGCACAUGAUUUCUUGACUAAUUCUCGACCUAAGAGAAACAUUGACCCAAAGUGGUACCGUGGCACCCCGGACUUUCAGUCCUACUACCGCUUCUACAACAGCAUUGGACACAUUGAGGGAAUCUAUGAGAUUGACAGGAUCAGGAUGCUGUAUCAGCAGAUGCGUCACUUGGAGUUGACCUAUGGCCCAGAUGCUUCCAGUUAUCAAAAUGUCCUAGGUGUACUGACUACCACUGCAGCACCAACCACAACCACCCAGCCUCCUCCACCUCCCACCACCCCUGCUCCUACACCAGACCCUCUGGAGAAUGCUCAGAGGAUCUAUCUGUGUAACCCUAAAGACCCACUGUGCAAACCUCAAAUCGUCUACUUGCCAACAGGGGCAGUUCCAGUGCUGUGCGACCCACGACUCAACCCCGCCUGCAGGCCCAAAACAGAGGAGGAGAUAAAGGCUCCAGCUCCAGCUCCAACCCAACCACCCCCACCUCCUCCUGCUCCUAAAAAGUCUGUCCCACCUCCACCUCCUGCUGUCACUGCCAAAGGUAUGGAGUAUGACUGCGACCCAUACUGGGAUCCUGACUGCCUCAUCGACCACCCUCCCCGCCCUAUUCAGGAAACAGCCGCACCAGAGGCACCUGCCGAGGAAAAAGUGGUGAAAGAGGAAGCAGCAAAACUUGAGGAAAGUGCCCCUGCAGCACCAGCCACUGCGAAAAGCCCCUACCCUUACUUUGACCCUUAUGAUUUCAAACGUGACCUUUAUGACCCCUUUCGUUAUACCGAUCCAGCAGAACCACAGUAA